UGAGAUCUUAGAAAAAUGGACUUAGAGCUCAGACCACAACUUCCCCUGUUUUCAGUGAGGUAUGAAACAUUCGAUUGUUCACCAGAACGCAGAGGAAACCCAACCCCCAAGUUGUCGUGUUUGCUGUGUGCUGGCCACUUUGCUGUGCCCAAUCGUCCGUGUCGAGCCUGUUUUACCAUGGCCGUGUGGGGCAGGAGCCUGUUACUGAUUUUUCUGUGGAUGAGUUUUGGGAAAGCUGCUGCUCUUUCAGACCCACACAUCUGUUACGUGCUGGAUGGUAUCCUGUUUGCAUACGGCCUCCUGCUGACCGCUCUCUACUGUAGACUCAAGAUCCUCAGUGUUCGGGAAUAUGCAGCUGAGAACGCAAAGGGCAAGAAGAAUGUUGAAGAGGGCAUCUAUACGGGUUUGACUCCUCACGCCGCAGACACUUAUGAAACUAUUGGCACGAAGAAGUGAAUCCACGAAAGAUCUUUUCUUUUAACCCUCUGAGUUCUGCGGGUAUUUCCACACAUCUUCUUACAUUUACCUUUUUAAGGGUAUCUGCUGAUCCCCAUGUGUUUCAUAUCAAAAUGUUCAGAACAAACUCAGCUUUCUGUAGAGUUCUGUCUACAUUUUUCAAGAGCAAUGUGUAAAGUAGUCUAAACUAGUCUGAUGUUUAUUUUGGCUUUUUGAAAUUCCUUAAAUCUCUUUUGAAAACAAUCCAUCCCAUCAACUUGUGUGUUUUCCAAAUUGUUUUGGUGCUUGAAAUGAGUUUACCAAAGUCUUAAAGUUAUGUAUGAUUCAAAUAGUAAAUACAUGUCUGAUAAUAACUUUUUUAAUAUAAUUGUUCCACUAUUUGUAUUGUAGAAGUAGGAGUUUUGUCUAACAUUAUUUGGACUCAACGAUGCGUCUUCUGUCCUGAGAGGGUUAAAUACCUUUUUUUUGUUUUAUUUAAAUGUUCCACAUCUAACCUUGCUUAUUAGACUUGUGAGAAUGAGAGAAUGUGAGAUUGCGUGGACCAGUGUUCAUUUCCUUUUGGCCUUUUAAGGGAAGUUACACGACACAGAAAUAAAGAAGUUGUGUCCAAGAUGGGCAGUCUCAGAAAUGCUUACCGUUGCUGUAAGAUUUUUGUUAUUUUUUACUGUUAUAUUGCAUAUGUUUAAUUCUCAUGCAAACACAUUUUAAACUGUAACGCUUCAGACACAUUGUAU